CGGCGGACUGACGUGGGAGGGGGGAAAGACCUGGCCUCCUGCGCUGGCGCGGCCGCCGGAGCGACGCCUGGACCUCGCCUGAGGAAACUCCUUCACAAGGAGAAAUGAAGAAGAAAUCUGUGUAUAAUCAGAAUGUGGGUGAUCAGGAGUGUGAAGAUAUGGAAGGUGAAGAAAACAGAAAUAAUGCUGGUACCUCUGGCCUAUUGUACAGUGAAGCAGACAGAUGUCCAAUAUGUCUUAGUUGCCUCUUAGGAAAGGAAGUUGGUUUUCCAGAAAGUUGCAAUCAUGUCUUCUGUAUGACCUGUAUUCUUAAAUGGGCAGAGAUACUGGCUUCUUGUCCAAUUGACCGGAAACCUUUUCAGGCCGUUUUUGAACUCAGUGUAUUUGAAGAUUGUGCUAAGAUUCAAGUAAAAAGACAAUUGAGAGAAAUAAAAGACAAGGAAAACGAAAGGUCUUUUAAGAAACAACUCUUUUAUCAUGAAAGUUCCAAAAGCGAUAAAAGAAAAAGAAACACCAUUGGAGAAGAUGUAUUAUGUGAGAGAUUUCAUGAUUUGAAGGUGUUGAAUAGAAUCUUUUCAAACAAUAAAAUGGAUGAGAAGAAAAACGCUACAGUAAAGACAAAUAAGGUUCGAAGAUCAAAUCAAUGUACAGAUCCUUGUAUCGGACAUUUCGUGUCCAGUUUGUUUUCAUGCGGCAGCCAUAAUGUGGGACCUCAAACCUAUAGAGCUUACUGUACAGAAUCUGUAGAAGUCAGUGAAAUCAGUGCAUUGAUUAGGCAAAAACGACAGGAAUUGGAGUUGUCAUGGUUUCCUAAUACAUUACCUGGAAUUGGAAGAGUUGGUUUUGUACCUUGGAGUCCUGAGACAGAAGUCCUUCCAUUGAUUGCCUCUGUGUUGCCAAGGACUAUUUUUUCAGCAAGUACCAUGUCAUUAGAAAAUUUUGGUACUUCUCAUAAGGGAUGUGCAUUAGCACACACCCAAGGAGGAGGAGAAAAGAAGCAAACUUCGGGCACAUCCACUACCAGAGCAUCAAGACGAAAACCUGCAACAUCUGUUCCUACAAGGAGGUCCACACGAAACACAAGAGCAGAGACAGUCAGCCAGCCCCAGAAGUCCCCAGUGUCAAAUAAUUCUGAGUGGGAUGCCCCCGGGAACAGUAAUUCCUCUCUAAGUAUUUCCCCUCCAGCUGAAUCAGAAAAGCAAACAAGACAGGCUCCAAAACGGAAGGCCAUAAGGAGAGGACGAAGGCCACCUUCAUUGAAAAAGAAACUUCGGAAGUCUGUCCCUCCCCCUGAAAAAACAACAUCUAGUGAUUCCGUAGAGGAAGAAACAGUGGACUCGGACACACCGCCCAUGGUGGAGAAAGAGCAGCAAUCAGGAGUAGAAAGUAGUAGCAUUUCUUCUGUUCUGACAGAUGGGGAGAAUCAUUUGGUUAAUUGCUUGAAAAGCUGCAGUGAAGAAACAGAAGAAAAUGAACAAACCACGAAUCAUGAGCUAGAGGAAGAAGUAGAAUUUUUAUGUUCUGAAUCUUGCAGUCAGGAUCCUCCUGUGCUUGUUGGAGAGGAUACAGGUGUAGAGGCUAAGGAGUUGUGUGUAGACCAUGAGAUUGCUACAGAUACUCCUGUAAAAGGAAGUGAUCCGAUAGAACAUCAAGAGCAGGCGCCUGGAAGUUCAGAGUCAGAGGUCCUGGCACCUGUGUGUACAGAGAGUCCUCCUGAUGGUGUUUGUACGUGUCCAGCCUCUGACAUUGAAGGACCUCAGCCAGUGUCCAGUCCUCUGGGUGAAGUAUCUGAAAAUUCAGAGUCAGUGGUUAAUGAUGAAAAAAUAGAGAAGAGUCUUCUAGUAGAAAGCAACGAUUUGAAAGAUCCUUCAGUAAACAUAGAAGCGUCUGUAGAGAGCCCCAAAUUGGAAUCUUCUGAGGGUGAAAUUGCGCACACACUGGACAGACACUGUGUUGCCAGCUCAGACACCGAAUUGCCUGAGCAUGUUCAAACUGAAAAUACAGAAAUAAUUCCAAUACGUGACAGUUCAGAAAAUGAAAGUUCCGGUGCUAUUCAAGAUUGUGAAGAUAAUUUAUUGAAGCAUAAUCUUGAUGACACCCAAUUGGACAAAUCUUUAGAGGAAAAGACAGAAUCUCUGAUUGAACAUCCCCUACCUAUAGAGUUACCUAACACAGAAGUUGAACAGAGUGAGAAACAUUUUAGUGAAGAUAAUAAUGAAACAGUACCUAUGGAGUGCGAUUCAUUUUGUAGUGACCAGAAUGAGUCUGAAAUGGAAUCAACUGUAAAUACUGAUUCUAAACAAUUGAAUGAAAAUUCUGUGACCCCCAGUUCUGAAAAUAAGCUGUCUUCUGAUCCUACAGUUGAGAAGGUUGAAACCGUAGCUCAACCACCUGAAAGCCUAGUGGAUACAGCCCCAAAGCCUCGUACUCGGAGAUCUAGAUUUCAUUCUCCAUCUACAACUUGGUCUCCUAACAAAGACACUGCACAAGAAAAGAGGCGGGCUCAGUCUCCAUCUCCAAAAAGAGAGACUGCAGUAGAAAGCAAGACUUCUCAGUCACCAUCACCCAAGAGAGAGUCUGCUAGAGGACGGAGAAAAUCUCGUUCUCUCUCACCAAAAAAGGAUGUGACAAGAGAGCGGGGGCAGUCUCGGUCUCCAAAGAGAGAGAGUGCUCGGGAAGCCAAAAGAUCGGAGUCAGUGUCCCCGAGAAGAGAUGCUCCUAGAGAGAACCAGAGAUCCCAAUCCAGAGCAAAAGAUUCUUCCUCAAGAGAAAAAUCUAGGUCCCGGAGCAGAGAAAGAGAAAGUGAUAGAGAUGGGCAGAGGAGAGAUCGAGAUAGAGAGAGGAGAGCCAGAAGAUGGUCAAGGUCCAGAUCUCGCUCUCGAUCACCAUCAAGAUUGAGAACAAAAAGUAAGAGUUCAUCAUUUGGAAGAAAUGAAAGAGACAGUUACUCUCCUCGGUGGAAGGAAAGAUGGACAAAUGAUGGUUGGAGGUGUCCUCGAGGAAAUGACCGCUACCGAAGGAAUGACUCAGAGAAACAGAAUGAAAAUACAAGAAAAGAAAAAAAUGACAUCAUUGCAGAUGCUAAUGAUCCAAAUUCCACAGAUAAGCAUAGAAAUGACUGUCCCAGUUGGGUAACGGAAAAAAUAAACUCUGGGCCAGAUCCAAGGACCAGAAAUCCUGAAAAGUUAAAAGAUUCCCACUGGGAAGAAAAUAGGAACGAAAAUUCAGGGAAUUCUUGGAGUAAAAACUUUGGCCCAGGCUGGAUGUCCAGCCGUGGUCGAGGUGGCCGAGGGAAAGGUACCUACAGAGGUAAUUUUGCCUAUAGUGACCAGAACGAGAACAGGUGGCAAAGCCGUACACCCCUCUCAGGGAGUGACUCCUUCAAGUCUGUGGAGCAGCAGCCAUCUAAGCGGAAAAGUGAGCAAGAUGUCUCUUUUGGUACGCCUGCAGACAGGUCGGGGUGGACGUCUGCGUCCAGUUGGGCAGUAAGAAAGACUCUGCCAGCAGAUGUACAGAACUAUUACUCUCGGCGUGGGAGGAAUUCUGCAGGUCCACAGUCUGGGUGGAUGAGACAAGAGGAGGAAACGCCUGAACCGGAUGCUAACUUAAAAGACCAAACAAACCAAGUUGAUGGUUCUCAGCUACCUGUAAAUAUGAUGCAGCCACACAUGAACGUAAUUCCACCCCCAGUGAAUGCACAGCAUCAGCCUAUGAAUAUCUUCCCGUACCCAGUGGGUGUUCAUGCCCCUUUAAUGAAUAUGCAGCGUAAUCCAUUCACCAUGCACCCUCAGCUGCCCCUGCAUCUCCACACAGGAGUGCCUCUCAUGCAGGUAGCUGCCCCUGCCAGUGUACCUCAGGGACUGCCACCACCACCCCCUCCUCCACCAUCCCAGCAGGUCAGCUAUGUGGCUUCACAACCAGAUGGAAAACAAGUACAGGGCCUACCCAGUGCUUCUCAUGUAAGUAAUAACAUGGCUACACAAGUCUUGCCUGCUCCAUCAGCAGCCCCAGGAAACACAGGAUCAGUUCAGGGACCAAGUUCUGGUAAUACUUCGUCAUCAAGUCACGUCCAAGCCUCUAAUGCUGCUGUAAAAUUGGCAGAAAGCAAAGUAAGUGUUCCAGUGGAAGCCAGCGCAGAUAGCUCGAAGACAGACAAGAAAUUGCAAAUUCAAGAGAAAGCGGCACAGGAGGUGAAAUUGGCUAUUAAGCCGUUUUACCAAAAUAAAGACAUCACCAAGGAAGAGUACAAGGAGAUCGUGCGGAAAGCCGUGGACAAAGUUUGCCAUAGUAAGAGUGGAGAAGUCAAUUCUACUAAAGUGGCAAAUCUGGUUAAAGCCUAUGUAGACAAGUACAAAUACUCACGGAAGGGGAGCCAGAAGAAAGCUCUGGAAGAACCCAUGUCUACCGAGAAAAACAUAGGCUGACAUGGAGAGCGCUGUAAAGGACACUGUCGAUAUCUGCCAAGUGCAAUUCAACGUGUACGCAACUGUGAUCGAAAUCUGGUUUUGAUAAAAUUAUUUUUUUUAUUGUAGGAUAUAAUGUUUUGUUCUAAAUAUAGCUGUGCACUGCAACUUCUAUAUCUAACCCCCAACCCCAAUAAAACAAAUUCAAGGGAAAAUCAAGGGUGUAAUGGAAUGUGCGUUUUUAUCAGGAAUGUGUUCUAAUGUGGAUACUGAAAGAUGUACAGCUUUUUAAGUGGAGUACGUGCAUCAGAAACUUGUAGAGGCGCUGGUUUGGGAAGACAUAUCUAUAUAUCUAUGUAUAAUACAUUUAUUCUGUCAAGCUGAAAAGUGAAGUCUGAUCUUUAUGACCCCAUCUAACUGUAGAAAUUUAAACAAUGUAUUGCCACUAAUAUUUCUGAUAUGAAUAGAUUAACAUACCAAUUACAGGUCCCUAAUGUAUUUUUGAAGCACAUGUCUGAGUCCAUUGCUUAGAUAGAAAGCAGAUCAUCACAAGUGAGACUUAGCCGCAAGCCUGCAGGUGCCCCUCGCCUGCUGUCACCAGAGCUGGCCACUGUGUGUGGCUUUUGCCCUCUUCUCUCCCCACCUAGAAAAACAAUAGCAGUUGGAUUUGCUAGAUUACAGCUUUGCCAGAUCAAAGCUUUGUUGAGUUUAGAAGACCAAUUUGGGAGAAAGCUAGCUUUUUAAAAACCAUGUUUCUUCAUAUACCUUCUGUCUAUCUGUGAUGGUCAAUUAUUGAUGUCAGCUGGAGAAUUGCUGCUAGGUAGUGACCUUUCUUUUCUGGGAUUAAGAAUACAUGACCUACUUCUCUGGCUUCAAGUUGUCAAUUGUCCAGUCAUAAUGAAGUUCUUCUCACACUUCAGAAUUUCCCUAAUGCUUACAGUGAAGGAAGUGUUAAUUUGGUGAUCAGUAGCCAUGCUGCAGAAUUAUAACUUGUGUCUGACUGAGGAGAGAAAGCUUAAGUAAGGAUAUUUUUGCUUAGGUUAUCAGGGACUAGAGGUUUUUUUGUUUUUUGUUUUUAGAGCAUUGGGAUGUUAGUGUUUAUGAAAGGGAAGUUCAGAGUGCUUCUGGCACUGCUAUUUUCAUUGGCAUCUAGAAGGAAACAUGAAUUCCAUUUUAAACUUUGAUUCCAGUUAGAGUUUUCAGGACAUGAAAUAGCUGAAAAGAUGUCCAGUAGCGUGGUGAUGAUCCAGGUGAGUCCUCCCACUCCCUCCCACUAACGGGGGUGGCACCCUGUGAGUGCAGGCUCCCUGGCUCUCAGUUCUGCAGAGUUUUGAUGGGCAGGAGAGUACUGAGAGCUUGGUCCCCUAGUGAUUGCACUAGGGAGGUACUAAGCUUUGUUAGGUUAUGAUUACCGUCCUAAAAUAUUUCCAGACAGUUUUGAUCUUCAGUUCUACAUUUCUGAUGCAAUAUUUUAUAGGUAUUUUUAAUUAAAGCUUGUGUUAGACUUUGAUGGCAGAGGAGCUUUGGAGAUCGUUUCAAAUACCAGUAGCACACCAGAUUCAUUUCAGUUGAGGAUCCACGAACAGUGGUGUGAAAUUCUGCUCCUCUGACAUUCUGUGGCAGAUUGCUUCCUGUGCUGAUGAGUUAAUGCAUCCUGUCCUUUCCCUGCAUUGUUUUCACUGACACCUGGAAAGUAAAUGACAUUUAAAAUUUGUUUUAUACAGUUUAGCUCCCACAAACAAGUUUUAAAAUUUAGAAGAAAAAGUAGGUGUCUUAUGUCUUUGGGAGAACUCCACUAUUCUUGAAAUUAGCAGAUGGGUGUGUUUCAUAUCUGGUAGGGCACUGAUUAGAGUGCUUCAGAAUAGUUAAUGAAUGUUAACUAUUCUAAUAUAUUCUAAUACUAGAAUAUAUUCUAACUGGAUUAAAAUAUAAACUUUUAAAGAAUGAGUUAGAAAAUGCAUGCUUUGCGUUAAGAAAUAGCAUUGUUUUUACAUUCUUGUUUUUUCUUUUCUUUUUUUUCUUAAAUUCACAUUAGUUUUGCAUGUAUAUGAAUUUAACACAGUUUAUGGAGUUGCGGGUUCCUCUUGAUCAUGACUCAGUAUUGACUUGACCUUUGGAGCCUCGGGCCCUUCAACUUGCUGUUCACAUUGAUCCAUGUUUCGGGCUGUAGAAAGGCCCAGUAGUCGUUACUCGUUAUUUUAACAUUCCAAAAGUUUUGUAUUUGUUUGUUGCUCUUCUGGUAACGACCACCACAUCUCCACAAUCUGCCUUUACAUGGCCAUGGUGUGCACUGCUGACUGUUGACCCAGUCAGACUGUUCACCCAGUCAGACUGUUCACAGGCAUCAGCACAGUGGGGCGCUGAGUCUGGAGACGGGCGGGGUGAGCUGCAGAACUGUCUGCUGGGACAACACUAACCAGCCAGGUUGUGGUCUGCAAUAGAUCCUAAUACAUUCUUUUGCUAAACAAAGUAGUGUCUUUAAAAUUUUAUUAAGUUUUCUGGGAAAUGAUGACUUUUAUAUCAUUUAAACCAUUUCCAAAUGUGUUGAAUUAUUUCUUGGAUUUUUACCAAAGUAAUGAGUAUCAUGAUUACAUUAAUAUCCAGGCAAUAAAGUCAGAGUUAGCUAUAAGCAUAUAUUUUAAUAGUAGUUUCCUAAUUAUAUAACCACUUUAGGAAAUUUAAAACAUUUAAUAAUUUCUAAAGAUAGAAGAGAUUGGGAAACAAAGGAAAAAAUCAUCUGUAAUUCUGCCAAAGUUAAUUUCUUUCAAGGCUGGCUACAAUGCACAUUGCUAUGUUAUAACCCAUUCUUUUCAAUUCAUGUAUUGAGAAUAUUCCAUUUUAAUAAAAAUUAAUUUGACAGCAUGA